GUCACUUUAGAAGCAGACAUAAGCUGUUAUACUGCCACUGGGAAGAAAGGCACCUGCAUUUCCGCCAAUCAAUGUCCAUUUGUAAUUGAAUUAUUUACCAAAUAUGGAAAAAAUAUUCCGCAUUUGCUAAAAAAUCAAAUUAAAGAAAUGACGUGUGACAAUAAUGAAGAAGCACGUUACCCAAUCUGCUGUCCCAACGAACAAAGUAAAACACCCGAAGCUACAUUGAAAGCAUCGCAAAAUCUUGGCUACAUCGAUCCAAAAGGAUUGCAGCUACUUAAGUCAUAUCCUGAUUGUGGUGGCAAAUAUAAUGGCGAGCGAUAUUCUUUCAAUGUGGCCCAUGGUAAGCCAGCCAAGGCAUAUGAGUUCCCUUGGAUGGCGCUCUUGAAGUACGAAAAAGCAGGUCGACCUUUUCUUUGUGGCGGGAGCUUGAUCACCGAUCGAUUCGUCUUAACGGCUGCCCACUGUACUACAACCUCAUUUGAGCUAGUUGCAGUUCGCUUGGGAGAGCAUGAUCUGGACACAGAAGACGGAGGAGAAAUAGAGUAUGGAAUUGAGGACAUACGCACACAUCCCAACUAUGAGCACGGAUCCAUCAACUACGAUAUAGCACUUAUCAAACUAGAUCGAAUCGUCGUUGAAUUAUUCAUUGAGCCCAUCUGUCUUCCCAUCAAUGUUUCCCAAGAUCUGAAAUAUAACGAGAACUUAUACAUCGCCGGUUGGGGUAAAACAGAAGAUGGAGUACCAUCUCCGAUUCUACGCAUGGCUGAAGUCCAACAACAAGAUCUGGAUGUAUGCCGUAAAUACUAUUCGAAUGCACCACUUAGUGAGAAUCACAUCUGCGCCUUGGGCGAUAGUCAGCAAGAGACAUGUCGUGGUGACUCUGGUGGUCCGCUAUUCUCCGCCAAUUUAACCGACAACACACCACAAUGUGUGCAGUUUGGUGUUAUUUCUUCUGGAGGUCUCGGUUGUGGCAUCAACAAAAAUCGUCCAGGAGUAUUUGCUUCAGUUCUCGAUAUGCUGCCUUGGAUAACGCAGAAUCUCUAUUAAAUAACAGAUAAAGAAUAUUAAUUUUUAUUUAAAAAACUGUAAAUAACUACAUUAAAAGCUUUAAAAUGCUAAUUCUAAACUAUUCGAUAAAUCUAUGAAUACCAUAAAUCUGUUUUGCUUAUUAUACAUACAUCUAAAGAACAUAUCGCUAGUAUGCAUUAAAGUUGGGGAAACCCCAGGAAAUAUG